AGCGGCUGCCUUCCCCAGCUCAGGCUCCAAAAUGGGAAAAUCCUUUGCCAGUUUCAUGUGCAAGAAGGACUUUCAUGCUGCCUCCAAAUCCAACAUCAAAAAAGUAAGGAUGGCAGAACAGAAAAUAUCAUAUGAUAAGAAGAAACAAGAGGAAUUAAUGCAACAAUAUCUUAAAGAGCAAGAAUCAUAUGAUAAUAGAUUGCUUAUGGGAGAUGAACGUGUAAAGAAUGGCCUUAAUUUCAUGUAUGAGGCUCCACCAGGGGCUAAAGAAGAAAACAAAGAGAAAGAAGAAAAAGAAGGAGAGACCGAAUACAAAUUUGAAUGGCAAAAAGGGGCCUCACGAGAAAAAUAUGCCAAAGAUGACAUGAACAUCAGAGAUCAGCCCCUUGGUAUUCAGGUUCGAAAUGUGAGGUGCAUUAAAUGUCACAAAUGGGGUCAUGUCAAUACAGAUCGAGAAUGUCCUUUGUUUGGUCUUUCUGGAAUUAAUGCAAGUUCAGUUCCCACUGAUGGC